AUGGUAUAUUCUAAGACGGAGGAUGAGCAUGAUGAGUAUCUCAGAAUAGUGCUUCAAAUUCUUUGUGAGAAGCAAGUUUACACUAAGUUAAGCAAGUGUGAGUUCUGGUUACGAGAAGUGACUUUUCUGGGGCAUGUAGUUUUUGCUGAGGGGGUUCGAUUUGAUCCUCGAAAGAUCGAAGCUGUGUUUGAUUGGAAACAACCUAAGAACGUGUCUGAGAUCCAUAGCUUUCUGGGUUUGGCGGGAUACUAUCGACACUUUGUUGAGGGAUUUUCUCUGAUUGUAACUCCUCUUACUAAACUUAUACGAAAUGUUAAUGGGUGGAGUCUUGUUGAUAUGUGCAGAGAGAUCAAAUCUGAAGCUGAUAAGCUUGCCAAGUCUGGUAUUAACAGGCCAAGUGCCCUCGUUACGGUUCUAAGUGGUUAUUGA